AUGGACACAAGUCUAGAUGUCAUCUCAGUCUUAUCAAGGCCACAGUACAUGGAUUGUAACUUGCCAUGUCCAGUUGACACAGUAUCUCAACAAUGCAGUCAGCAAAUUGCUGGCAACAACGGUUUACCAGUCUACCCCCCACUGACACUGACAAUUAACUAUGACCAGAAAUGCCAGGACAUAAAAGAAGAAAAACCAGUGGAAAAAUCGCCAGAGAAAAGAAACCCUACCCUACUACAUAAUAUUCUACACCUACCGGGAGCUAUAGCUGACACACUGCUACAGAAAGAACAUAAUUAUUAA